GGAGCAUAGACCGGCCUUGCUAGAAGUACACUUCAGCUGCUCCGCAACAACUGGUGCGAGUUCCAGAAGGCAUGCCUUCCUGUCUUUCCAAAGCGUUGUUUUUGUAUUUGCUGUUGAAUAGCAUGAACAAUGACAUAUAUAUCUGCUCCCCUGCAUCAGACAAGUUUUUUCCAAGCUGCCCAGCAUUCCCGAACAUUGUCAACAAGAUUCAAGUAAACAAAUGUGCACCGGGUUCUUUGUUCUCCACGCGUAGUCCGCAAAACCGUGCACAACCGGCUGCACACCCAUAUCUCUAUUUAUGUUGGCGGGUUAAUCAAGAUGGGCUCGCUGCUUAUGGUGAUCGGCAACCUUGGGUUUUUUAUAGUCGUCGCCCAAGGUGGAUCCGCUGAUAAUAUUACGCGUCAAGCAAAACCUGCCAACGUUUCGACUUCGACAAGCUUUGCGGCAGCCACCUUAGCCCAACAAGGUGGAUCCACUGACAAUGCUACGCUGCAAGCAAAACCUGCCAAUGUUUCGACUUCGACACGUUUGCCUGCAGCCACCUUAGCCCAACAAACUGCCACUACUACUGUGAAUAUAACGGCGAACGCACUCGCAUUCAUUCAAGAAUUGAAUCGGACAUGGCACGACAUCAUAAGUUGGGGUAUAACUCCCCAUUACGCCUACUGGACUGGCCAGCACAACUUGUCUGGAGAGCACCCAAUUCAUGCGCAUGCUGGAGAAUUCAACUGCAGCAAGAUAUUGUAUGACUACAGCGAUGCCGAUGUCAAGCUGGCUCGACUCGUCUGGUACAUCCCCCAGAAGAUAUGCAGCCCUGUUAAAAUCAAAGUCAACGUUACACUCCCCCUGUACACAAAGAAAGGAUUUAAAGAGAAAAACAUUACGUUGAAUUUCAAUAAUAGGAAAAUAAUAGUAAGAAGGUCACCACGGCGCAAGAAAGUACGAACUGAAGGCCUUGACAAAGUUAUUGAGAUGUGUCCAUUCACCGUGAACGUAACCUUCCACGGAUGGUUUGCGUACGAGACGGCUGACCCUGAGUCUGGAAAUCGCUUCUAUUCAGUUGGCGUCGGCGUCCUACACGACAAGCCAAAAGGACUCAUCAGACAAAAACACAACCGAUUGUCCUACCUUAUACGAGGAUGGUUUAAGCGUAUAACAUAUUGGAAAAACGGGGACACAUGAAGUAAACUGCAUUGCAUUAAAUAAAAGAAAAUCGUUGUCACUGAAGCUCCUACGUAUUAAGUGUUCU